ACAACCAUUGGAGAAUCAGUAACCACUUCAUAACUUCAUCGCAAUAUGGAGUUUCUUGUUUACAUUUUUUAUCUGAUACUUGUUCCUCUUAUUCUUCUACUUCCUCUAUAUGUCCUAAUUAUGUUUAAAAGAAGCAAAGAUGGUGAUCAACUUCCUCCAAGUCCUCCCAAGCUUCCAAUAAUAGGAAACUUGCAUCAACUAAGAGAACCGCCUCAUCAAGAGCUACGGAAACUAUCUCAAAAGUACGGACCCGUCAUGCUUUUACAACUUGGCAGUGUACCCACACUGGUAAUUUCAUCGGCCGAAGCUGCAAAACAAGUCUUGAAAACACAUGAUCUUGAUUUUUGCACUAGACCUCCUCUGGCCUGUUUUAAACGCAUUUCGCAUAAUUACUUGGAUAUCGCGUGUUCACCUUUUGGAGAAUACUGGAGGGAGAUUCGAAAGAUAUGUGUGCUUGAACUUUUAAGUAUGAAAAGGGUGCAAUCUUUCAAGGUAAUCAGGGAAGAAGAAGUUGCGGAGAUGAUUCAUUCAAUCUCAUCAACUGCAAAUAGUACUGCUCCUAUAGAUGUUUUUGAAUGUUUGUCAAGUUUCACAAAUAGAACUAUUUGCAGGGUUGCUUUUGGUAGUAAGCUUAAUCAGGGUAUAGAUCAAUUUGAUGAGGGUAUUCUCAGGGAAACAAUGGACGAAAUCACUAACUUGAUUAGCGCUUUCUGGUUUUCUGACAUUUUUCCUAAAGUAGGUUGGAUUGUUGAUAGGAUCAGCGGAAUCCAUGGGAGAUUUGAAAAAUGCUGCAAGAAUUUAGACACAUAUAUUCAAGAUGUCAUUGAAAAACAUCUCAACCCGGAGAGAUUGAGGUCGGAAUAUGACGAUCUCAUAGAUGUUUUGCUGAAGUUGCAGAAGGAUGGAACGAGCACGAUACGCCACACCAAUGAGCAUAUCAAAGCAAUACUUAUGGAUGUAUUUGUUGCAGGAGUAGACACAGUAGCUGUAACCAUGAAUUGGACAAUGGCAGAACUCAUCAAAAACCCUGCAACCAUGCAUAAAGUACAAGAAGAAAUAAGAAGUCAUGUGGGGAAAAACAAAGGGAAGCAGGUACAAGAAAAUGAUCUCCUACAUUUUCAGUACCUGAAAUUGGUGGUUAAAGAGACUCUAAGACUUCACCCGCCACUUCCAUUAUCGUUUCCAAGAGAAUGCAUGCGCAAAAAUAAGAUUGACGGAUACGACGUAAAACCGAAAACAAGAGUUUUAAUAAACGUUUGGGCAAUAGGGAGGAGCCCCAUGUAUUGGGAUAAGCCAGAUAAAUUCUAUCCUGAUAGGUUCAUAGAUAAGCCUGUUGAAUUCGGAGGGCAAAAGGAUUUUUCAUUUUUACCCUUCGGUGGAGGCCGAAGAGGUUGUCCAGGGAUUGAUAUGGGGAUGGUAACUGUUGAACUUGCACUUGCAAAUCUUUUACACAACUUCGAUUGGAAAUUACCAAGUGGGAUGAAGACGGAAGAUUUAAACAUGGAUGAAGUAUCUGGUAUAGUUACUCAUAAGAAAGAUCCUCUUCAUCUUGUACCUAUCCAGAGUAAGAAUUUCUAAGACUUAAUUUUAUUCUGAACUCAAAAAUUAAGAAUGAUGUAAUAAUUUACUCCGUUUAACAAGCUCUCUGUCUUGUUUUAGCA